AAAAAAAAAGUGCUUGACUGAAAUGAGGUGGAGCAAUUUACCGGAAACUUACUCAUUUUUCAUUCAAGUUUCAUUUUUGACUACCUGAACACCAGACAUUUUUCGUUAUGACUCGUUAGAAAAGAUACUCUAUCGAUAUUGCUUUCUGAGCUAAAAAGGAUUUUUUUUUUGUUGCUGUCCUAGCGUGUGAUUAGGGAACUUCUGAAUCCACCACUUAAAGCGAAAGCGGAAAUGCCCGGUGUGUGUGUGUGUGUGUGAGAUAGGUAAAGACGAGUUCAGAAGUUGCAUAAUCGUCUUAUCUUAACUGCUGAAACACACAUACACGCAAAAUGGAUAGGUUUAAAGUUAUGCUGUUGGAUAUAUCCGAAAGACUUGGCCAGGACAAUUUAGGGAAACUCAAAUUUCUGUGUAAAGAAAUGAUUGGGAAGAAGAAAAGUGAGGAGAUCACCAGCGGCAUCCAGCUGUUUGAGUGUCUGAUCGAAAGAGCAGAAAUCGCGCCUGACAACACUGAACUUUUGAGGGAGCUCCUCACUAACAUUGGCCAACAAGCUUUAGUGGAAAAAAUCGACAUUUACGAAGGACAAGCCGUCUCAGCGGAUUUACCGGACGAAGCGGAACUAGCAAAAAUCAACUGUGCGAUAGAAGUGAUCGUAAAGGAGCUGGGAAGGAGCUGGCUUCGAUAUGGACGCAAACUGGGAGUCCCUGAGGCCAAGCUGGAAGGCAUACAAGAGAAACACCCUCGCAAACUGGAGGAACAAGUGAGAGAACUGUUUAAAGAGUGGAAGAAGAUGCGCAAAGCGGAGGGCAAAGUGGGCGACCUGAUCAGGGCGCUCCGAGACUGCGGCCUCAACUAUACGGCUGAUGUUGUGCAGAAAGAGCUCCAGAAUGCUAAUAUGCUUUAAAAAAAUUUAGUCCAUCUGUUUUUCAUGUUCAUGCCUGUUAAAUGUUUGUACAUGUAUUAGCGACAUUCCAUCACAUUGUCUUGCAGUUCCCCAGGAUAAAUGUAAUUCCAUAACACUUCAAA